GAGCCUGAGAAUAACUUAUGCAACCAGUAUGAGGAGAAGGUACGUCCUUGCAUCGACCUCAUCGACUCCCUGCGGGCCCUGGGCGUGGAGCAAGACCUGGCCUUGCCAGCCAUCGCUGUCAUUGGAGACCAGAGCUCAGGCAAGAGCUCUGUGCUAGAAGCUCUGUCAGGAGUCGCACUGCCCAGAGGCAGCGGGAUCGUGACAAGAUGUCCACUGGUGCUGAAACUGAGGAAACUUAGACAUGGAGAGGAAUGGAAAGGCAAGGUCAGUUAUCAGCACAUUGAGACUGAGAUUUCAGAUGCAUUGGAGGUGGAAAAGGAAAUCACCAAAGCCCAGAACGUCAUUGCAGGGGAAGGAAUGGGAAUCAGCCAUGAGUUAAUCAGUCUGGAGGUCAGCUCCCCACAUGUCCCGGAUCUGACUCUUAUAGACCUUCCUGGCAUAACCAGGGUGGCUGUGGGCAACCAGCCCGCCGACAUUGGGCGUCAGAUCAAGGCACUCAUCAGGAAGUACAUCUACAGGCAGCAGACGAUCAACCUGGUGGUGGUCCCCUGUAAUGUGGACAUCGCCACCACAGAGGCACUGAGCAUGGCUCAGGAGGUGGACCCUGAGGGCGACAGGACCAUAGGAAUCUUGACAAAGCCUGAUCUGGUGGACAAAGGUACCGAAGACCAGAUCGUUGAUGUGGCACGAAACCUUGUGUGUCACCUGAAGAAGGGCUACAUGAUCGUCAAGUGCCGGGGUCAGCAGGAAAUCCAGGACCAGCUGAGCCUGUCUGAAGCUCUGCAAAGAGAGAAGGCCUUCUUUGAGGACCACCCACAUUUCAGAGAACUUCUGGAGGAAGGAAGGGCCACGGUUCCCUACCUAGCAGACAGACUUACCACAGAGCUCAUCACGCACAUCUCUAAAUCUAUGCCCCUAUUAGAAGAGCAAAUAAAGGUGAAUCACCAGAAAAUAACAGAGGACUUACAAAAGUAUGGUGUUGACAUACCAGAAGAUGAAACGGAAAAAAUGUUCUUCCUGAUAGAUAAAAUUAAAGCAUUUAAUCAGGAUAUCGCUGCUUUAGUACAAGGGGAGGAAACUGUGGAAGAUGAAGACACUCGGCUGUUUACCAAACUCCGGAAUGAGUUCCAAAAAUGGAGUGUUAUAAUUGAAAAAAAUUUUAAAAGCAGUUAUGACCUUAUGAGUAACAAAAUCCAUAAAUUUGAAAAUCAGUAUCGUGGCAGAGAGCUGCCAGGAUUUGUGAAUUAUAGGACAUUUGAGUCGAUCAUAAAACAGCAAAUCAAAACCCUGGAGGAGCCAGCUGUUGACAUGCUGCACAGGGUGACUGAUAUUGUCCGACUCGCUUUCACAGACGUUUCAGUGAAACAUUUUGAGGAAUUUUUUAACCUCCACAGAACCGCUAAGUCCAAAAUCGAAGACAUUCGAGCAGAACAAGAAAAAGAAGGUGACAAGUUGAUCCGACUUCACUUCCAGAUGGAGCAGAUUGUCUACUGCCAGGAUCAGGUUUACAGGGGUGCGUUGCAGAAGGUCCGAGAGAAGGAAACAGAAGAAGAAAAAAGGAAUAAAAGAUCACAUGAUUCGUUCUUUGAACAAGACUCUGAAAACUCUUCAAUGGCUGAGAUCUUUCAGCACCUGGUUGCCUACCACAAGGAGGUCAGCAAGCGCCUGUCCAGUCACAUCCCCUUGACCAUCCAGUUCUUCAUUCUCCAGACUUUUGGGGAGCAGCUGCAGAAGGGCAUGAUGCAGCUUCUGCAGGAAAAGGACACUUACAGCUGGCUCCUGAAGGAGCGGAGUGACACCAGCGAAAAACGGAGAUUCCUGAAAGAGCGGCUUGCGCGGCUCACACAGGCUCGGCGCCGGCUUGCCAAAUUCCCUGGUUAAUCGGGCACUGGAUCCUGCCCCAGGGAGAGGAGGCCCCACACCUCUCCCUGGAGCUGGGCUGUGUUUAUUUAGUCAUUCAACAGGCACCAUAUCUGACACUCAGUAGUCAAACUUGAGGGUCAUGCUUAUAACUUAGAGGGUCACAGUCUCUGCUGACCCAUUAGCUGAUGAGGACUUAGAAGAAGCUGUGGAGAACAAGCAACUUCCAGCUAAGGUGAAGGAUACACAUGGCUUAGAUGGGGUGGAUGAUGCUGCUUUCCUGAUUGGAAACAUAAUUUCAACUCGGAAUCGCUCCUCCUCUCGGAAUUCUCCCUUUUUCUUAGUCAGAAACUGAUGCAUGCUGAACACCUUAGAAUGCUCACUCCCUGGUUUUGUAAUGUCCAUUCCUGAACCCAGUGUUUUAGGAGCAUCAGUGCCAUGUAUGUGAUUGCUUAGGAGCCCUGUCACCUUCACUUGUAAUAAACUCAUUUCUAGCACACA